UUGAGGGGGAAUGAAUAUUCGAACUUACUGCUCAUUUAAACAAUUAUCCCAACCCCUACCAUUCAAAAGAAAAAUAAACAAAGGAAUUUUCUCUCUCCUCUGCAUCUCCUCCCUCCUCCCGCAUCCUUCUCCUCUUAAAACCCUAACAACAAAAGCAGCAUCUCGGAGUGGUACUGAUAGUUGUAUCUCUAGUCGGCGGCGCCUCUGCCAACCACCAUUCUCUGCAGCUGCAAUUCUCGGGACGAGGCUGGUAUGAGUAAUAGGGGGUCAAAGAAGAAAUUAAAAGAUAAUGUUGGAAUGUUGGAUUUUGUUAAUUGUCCUAAAACUCCAAUUGGUGUUGGGGAUAAGAAGUUCAUGGAUGUUGUACGAAAGGGUAAUGAAGUUGUCAUAAGUGAUUCGUGUGGCGAAAUUUCGGUGAAUUUUGAUAGGAGGGUUACUCGUAGUUUUUCUAGAUUAAUGGGAAGAAAUGUAGAGGUUGGAAAGGUUUCACCAAGUAAUCAAAGAGGCAGGAAUUUAAUUGGUGUUGGGGAUAUGAAGUUCAUCGGUGUUGUAGGAAAGGGUAAUGAAGUUGACACAAGCGAGUCUUAUGGCGAAAUUUCACUGAAUUUGGAGAGGAGGCUCACUCGUAGUUGUUCCAGAUUAGUGGGAAGAAAUAUAGAGGUUGGAAAGAUUUCACAUAGUAGUCAAAGAGGCAGGAAUUUGUUCAGUCAUAAGGGUUGUGAAUCCGAGACGAGGAAAGUCUUGGGUUUGUUGCAAUCCUCGGCUGUUCGACUGGGUGGUGAAGUGAAAAGGAUAAGCUGUAAUAAGGGGAAGGAAAAUAGGAGUGAUUCUUGCAAAAGUUUAAUUGGUGAUCCAAAAACAAUUGGUUCUGGGCCUCUUUCUCACUGUGUUACUAGAGGAGGUCGAAGGGGGAGACGAAGUAACCUCGCUGGUGAUCAUGAAAAGGAUGGUAAAAAAGAUGAUUCAUGCAAACAAGUAGAAGGAAGUUUGGGUAGGAGGAUUAUACGCAGAGAAUCUAUAAAGGUAGGAGGAGAGAAUGAUUUACCCUGUCAAACUAUGGUGAGGCAAAACACUCGAAAUUCUUCCACAUUUGUGGUUGGAAAAGCAGAAUCCAUUAAGGCAAGGGAAAGGAAACAAGAGGCCAGUGGUUCAUUCAAUUAUCUUGAAACUGAACCGCGAAAGAGGAUACAAUGUAGCUCAGUGUUGUCUGCCUGUGUUAUUGAAGGGGGAAAUUUGGAUAGGAGAAUUACACGCAGUGCAUCUAAAAAGGUGGGAGGAGAGAAUGAUUUACCCCGUCAAACUAUGGUGAGGCGAUACUCUCGAAAUUCUUCGACACUUGUGGUUGGAAAGGCAGAAUCCAUUAAGGCAAGGGAAAGGAAACAAGAAGGCAGUGGUUCAUUCAAGUAUCUUGAAACUGAACCGCGAAAGAGGAUACAAUGUAGCCCAGUGUUGUCUUCCUGUGUUAUUGAAGGGGGAGAUAGGAGGAUUACACGCAGUGCAUCUAAAAAGGUGGGAAGAGAGAAUGAUUUACCCUGUGAAACUAUUGUGAGGCGAAGCACUCGAAAGUCUUCCACACGUGUGGCUGGAAAGGCAGAAUCCAUUAAGGCCAGGGAAGGGAAACAAGAAGGCAGUGGUUCAUUCAAGUAUCUUGAAACUGAACCGCGAAAGAGGAUACAAUGUAGUUCAGUGUCGUCUGCCUUUGUUGUUGAAGGGGAGAAGAAAGCUGCAAAAGCAAUUGAGGCGCAGGAAAACGAAUCUGAUGAUUGUGCCGAAGUAGAUAUACCAGGAAGAAGAGACAUUAAACUGUCUGGAGUGAAGAGGAAAAGAAAUCAAUCAGGGGUUCAAGGGCCUUAUAAAGGGUGGACAGAGGAGCAGGAAGUGGCAUUGCGAAAAGCUUACUUCACUGCAAAGCCAAGUCCACGUUUUUGGAAGAAAGUCUCUAAACUGGUUCCGGGAAAAUCUGCUCAAGAAUGUUUUGAUAAAGUUCAUUCAGAAAAUCUGACUCCAGUUUGCACUAAGACAUCUUCAAGGGCUAAAAAACAGAACUCACCAACUGAUUUCUUAGUCUCUAGCAGUGAAUUGUUCAAAUCUGCUGAAACAAAGAGCAAAAAGCCUUGUAGGAAGAAGUGUAAAAGCCACGUGGCACGUAAAACUGUGAGACAAUUAUUGCAGAAGUAUUGUCAUGCGUAUCAAGAUAACGAAGCAGAUUUGUUCGCUGUUCUAGAGCCUUCAGUAAACCCCUCGGCUGAAGCCCUUGAGCUGAAUGCUGUACAAUCGACUCCAAAUCAUUUUCUGAGAAGCCCAGAUUCGUCCUCAAAGUCACGCGACAUAUCUUCUAUAGGCCAUAAGAAGCACCUUUCUAGGUUUAGCCUUAGAAGUGCAAGCCCUCUUUCAAGUCCUCCAGUUCUGAAGAAGGUGAAGAAUAUGGCUUUACAUGAGAAAUAUAUUGACCAGUUACAUAUCAGGGACGGUAAGAGAAAGAAGUCAGCUCGUCAUCAGAAGGAUGGAGAAGAAAACACUGUUCACAUGAAGGAUGUUAUUAAAGCUGCAAAAGAGGCCUUAGUCUCUAAUGCGAAAGACGCCAUCAAUAUAUUUCAUCAAUCACAGGUCAAUAUUAUGGAGGCAUGUUCUGAUUCUGAGGAGCUUCUAAACAGUGAUAAUGAUGAAGAUGAAACUGUGCUGUAAUAUACUUUCUUGAGCAUGCAACAUUUAGUUACCAGACCUAAUAUCUAAUUUGUAUCGCAGUAACAUCAAGAAAGCUCAGAUAGGAUGAUGAAUUUCAUCAGGGCAGCAAACAAACACCCUAGUUCCUGAUCCGUAAGACGUCAUCAGUAAAUUUGAGCAAUCGGUUGCCAAUAUUAUGAGGCAUUUUUCUCUCAGAGGAACUUUUCAAUAAUAGUUGACGAUGAAACUGUAUUGACUUUGUAAGUGAGCAUGCUAACCAUAGAACAUGGAGCUAGAUCCGACUUUGUACUGCUGUACUAUCCAAUAAUAGAACAUCAUUCUGUAAAUGUCAUGUUAAUCUGUAGGCUACUCAAACAGUUAUUUUUAUCUUCAUUCUCUGUACAUAAGAGCCAUCCAUUCUGGCUGCUGCAAUCUGUAUCCUGAGAUUAUGCUUAUAUACAUCCAGAAUUUCUUGAUCAA